AUGAAUAUUAAUUUUUAUGUUUAUGAUGAUGAAGCAGAUGAUGAAAUAAUUUCUAGUAAUUUUAAUGUAUACUGUUCAGAUGAAUUUUUAAAAAUUCAGAACAUCGAAAAAAACAGCAACGCUAUAAUUUAUCAUGAAAUAAAGAAUGAAGAAGAAAAAGAAGAUGUAAAUAAUAUUAGAAAUAUAAAUAUAAAUAAAAAUAAUGAAGAAAAAACAGAAAAAGUGAAAGAACCAAAUAAUGUACAAAAUUUUUUUGUAUUAUGUUGUUUUAAAAAUUAUAAUGAAUUGAAUAUAAAAAAAAAAUUAGAAAAUAAUGGAUUAUAUAUUAAUAAAUAUAUAGUUAGAUGUCUAAAUAUAGAUAUAAAAGAAAAAGAAGAAAAAUAUAAAAAUAAAAAUUGUAAAGAUCAAAGUAAUAAUGAUAAAAAAAUAUGUACACUUAAAGUGGAUAUAAUAAAACCUCAAUUAUUUAUACCUAUUAAAGAAAUUAAAUUAUAUGUUGAAGAAGUCUUUAAUAAAUCUUAUGAAUAUUUAAAAAGUUAUCAAUAUGAAAAUAUAGAUAUAUUACAAUCAUAUUGGAGCAAUAUUAAAAGUAAAAACCUAGAAAAAUAUAUUAACCUUUCUUUAUUAAAUACAUGUUUGUUUGUUAAUAAUUUUUUAAAAAUAAGUAUAUUAGGUGUCCAAUCUUAUAUAACAGUUAAACAUAUUAUUCUAAUCAACAACAAUAAAAAGAAAACAAAAAUGAAAAAUAAAAGGAAAGAUGAAAAAGGAAGUCAACAAGAUAAGCAAGAAAAAAAUAACAAUCAAAAUACCAAUCAAAAUACCAAUCAAAAUAAGAACAAUUUAUGUGAGAACAAUAUGGUAGUACCUUUUAUUGAUCAUAAUUCCAAAAUUGUUAUUGUAACUAAUGAUGAUAUAAGAAACAAUGUAGAUGAUAAAUAUUUUAUAAAUGAAUAUGAAGGAGAAAAAAACAAUAAUAUAAAAUUCAAUCAUAUGAAAAAUUUGAAUUUAAAAAAAAUGAUGAUAAAUAAAAAAGAAAAAAAAGGAUUAAAUAAAUUAGGAGGAUAUAAUAAAAUUAAAGAAGAUAUAUAUUAUUAUAUAUUAAUUCCUUUAAUAUAUAAACAUAUAUAUAAUCAAUAUCAUAUUGAUAUACAUAAAGGUAUAUUAUUACAUGGUCCUCCAGGGUGUGGUAAAACAUAUAUUGCUUUAUCAAUAAAAGAGGAAUUAUUAUUAUUAAAAAAGAAAUUUUAUAUGAUUAAACAAGACAAAAUAAAACAAAAAGAAUUAAAUAAUAAUCCAAAAAAGUAUGUUCAUUAUAAUGAUGAUGAUUAUUCAUAUAAUUGUGAUAAUAUUAUUAACAUACCAGAAAUUGAAAUAUUAAAAAGUACAGAUCUAAUUGAUCAUAAUAAUACUGGAUAUAAAAUUAAUGAAUUAUUUUUAAGAUGUCAUAAAAGAUAUCAAGAAGAAAAAAAAUGUAGCAUAAUUUUUAUUGAUGAAAUAGAAAUCUUAUGUAAAACUAGAGAAGAAAAUAAUAAUAUGAAUUUAUAUACAUCGGUAUUAAAAUAA